AUGGUGACGCCGACCCAGCACGCGAGCGACGAAGCUCCUUCUCCACGUCAUCAAGCCUAUUCAGAAGACGGCGCUCCAUUGCGGACGGCGCUGGAUCCGCUUUUCCGCCGCAACUGUCACCUCCCCGUCGCCCACGACGCGCACGCCCACUUGCGCUCGAGCGCACAGGCGACUGCGGGCGAGAUGGGCCCUACUGACACAGGCGGCCAGGAAAACGGUCCCCGCGGCGAGGGGAGUAGAGCCGCUGGCGCUUUGCAGAAGGGGGCGAACGCGGAGCUGGGGGCCGACGCCCAGACGACUGGCGGGCAGGCGACCGCUGGCGAGAUGAACGAGGAGGGGGCAAACGAUGACGAUGCAAACGGCGGUCACGGGAUCGGCUUCGCGACGCCACGCAACGAGGCGAACGAGGAAACAGCGGCGAACGGGCCGCAUCGUGACGAUCAUCGCGGCGGCUCUCCCGCUUAUCGUCGCGAGCUGCCGAUGAGCGACGGCGAGGCGAACGCUCCUGGCUACAACCCAGAAGCCAAGAGAUUCAUUCCCUUUCUCUUUCACUUCCCUCCUUUUCUCCCCCUACCCCUGAACCGACGCAUCACCCUCUCCAUCUCGUCCAGCGCAUCAUGGCAGGGCGCUGUGGUGUUCACCUCUCCCCGCCCUAAUCUCGUUCCUUCUCUCAUCGCUUCUUCCUUGCCCCCCCACUCCCCACCACCGCUUCCCUAA